CCGCGGGCGGCCGGGAUGGAGACGAUGCGAGCGCAGCGGCUGCAGCCCGGAGUGGGCGCCGGCGGCAGGGGCACGCUGCGAGCGCUUCGGCCCGGGGUAACUGGGGCCGCGGCGGCCGCCGCCACACCCCCCGCAGGCCCCCCGCCCGCCCCGCCGCCCCCCGCCCCGCCCCCGCCGCCCCUGCUCCUGUCGGGGGCCCCCGGGCUGCCGCUGCCCCCCGGCGCCGCCGGCAGCCCAGCCGUGCUGCGGGAGGCCGUGGAGGCGGUGGUCAGGAGCUUCGCCAAGCACACGCAGGGCUAUGGCCGAGUGAAUGUGGUGGAGGCACUUCAGGAAUUCUGGCAGAUGAAGCAGUCCCGUGGGGCAGACUUGAAGAAUGGGGCUCUGGUGGUUUAUGAGAUGGUUCCCUCCAACAGCCCUCCUUAUGUCUGUUACGUCACUCUGCCUGGGGGAAGCUGCUUUGGGAGUUUCCAGUUUUGCCCCACAAAAGCUGAGGCCCGGAGGAGUGCUGCAAAGAUUGCACUGAUGAACUCUGUGUUUAAUGAACAUCCUUCCCGAAGAAUCACUGAUGAGUUCAUUGAGAAGAGUGUCUCUGAGGCCCUGGCAUCUUUCAAUGGCAACAGGGAGGAAGCUGACAACCCAAAUACAGGGAUUGGUGCCUUCCGAUUCAUGUUGGAAUCCAAUAAGGGCAAGUCAAUGUUGGAGUUCCAGGAACUAAUGACAGUUUUUCAACUGCUGCACUGGAAUGGCAGCCUUAAGGCCAUGAGGGAAAGACAGUGCUCUCGUCAGGAAGUGUUGGCUCAUUAUUCACACCGGGCUCUGGAUGAUGAUAUUCGCCACCAAAUGGCAUUAGACUGGGUGAGCCGGGAGCAAAGUGUGCCAGGGGCACUGUCUAGAGAGCUGGCCUCUACUGAGCGGGAGCUGGAUGAAGCCCGGCUGGCAGGCAAGGAGCUGCGUUUCCACAAGGAGAAGAAAGAUAUUCUCUUGCUGGCUGCUGGGCAGUUGGGCAAUAUGCAUUCUUCCAACUGCUAGAUACACAGAGAGAGGCAGAGACACAAGCAGAGGGAGAAGCAAGCUCCCCGUGAGGAGCCUAAUGCGGGACUCGAUCCCAGGACCCCGGGAUCACAACCUGAAGCUCUAUGCAUUUCCACUGGCAAUCUUACCCACCAUGGUGACUUCAACUCUAUAAUACAUACCAUUCUCAAAUCUAUUUCUUUCACUGUUUUGAGCUUUUACAUCUAUAUUUCCACAUGUUGGACAUCACCACCUAAAUGUAUUAACACAAGCUCUUUGAACUCAUAUUCAAAAUAAAAGCUAUUUCAUAUA